AUGGCUUGAUUAAUUUACUUCUUUGAAGAGCCUAUUUCUAUCCAUUUAGGUACUUGAUUCUCUGUAGGAGAUAUUCAAGUUAAUUAUGGUCUUUUAUUAGAUUCAUUAUCUAUGGUUGUUAUGGUUCCUGUUGGUAUUGUUACUUUAUCUGUAUUAAUUUAUGCUAUUGAUUAUAUGAGAUAUGAUCCUAAUCGUAAUCGUUUCUAUAUUAUUUUAAGUGUUUUUGCUAUUUUUAUGACUGUUUUAGUUAUUAGUGAUAACUAUAUUAUGAUGUUUAUAGGAUGAGAGUUUGUUGGAGUAGUUUCAUAUUUAUUAAUUUCAUUCUGAAAUACACGUAUUGCUGCUAUGAAAAGUGCUUUAUCUGCUAUUUUAUUAAAUCGUAUGGGAGAUACUUUAUUUGUUAUUUGUAUUGGUACUAUGUUAUCUUACUUCCAUGCUGUUGAUUUUGAAACUAUAGAAUUAAUAACUCCUCAUACAGAUACUUAUAUAUUAAAUUUAAUAGCUAUAAUGUUAUUAAUAGCUGCAACAGCUAAAAGUGCUCAAUUAGGUUUACAUGGUUGAUUAUUAUCUGCCAUGGAGGGACCUACACCUGUUAGUGCUUUACUUCAUGCUGCUACUAUGGUAUGUAGUGGAGUUUUUGUUUUAGUUAGAUCAUCAUUUAUAUUAGAAUAUACUCCAUCUAUAUUAUUAGUAAUAUUAUGAUUAGCUGGAUUCACAACUUUAAUAAGUGGAUUAAUAGCUGUAGUAAGUAAUGAUAUAAAAAGAGUUAUAGCUUUAUCAACUAUGUCUCAAUUAGCAAUGAUGAUGUUAGCUAUAGGUUCAAGUGCUUAUGAUUUAGCUAUAUAUCAUUUAUAUUGUCAUGCUUUCUUUAAAGCUUUAUUAUUUAUGUCUGCUGGUUCUAUUAUACAUAGUUACAUGUCAGAAACUCAAGAUAUGCGUAAAUAUGGAGGUUUAAUUAAUUAUUUACCAUUUAGUUAUACUACUAUGUUAAUAGCUUCAUUAUCUUUAAUGGCUAUACCUGGUUUAACAGGUUAUUACUCUAAAGAUAUUAUUAUAGAAUCAUUAUAUGGUACUUAUACAGUAAGUGGAUAUAUUAUGUAUUAUAUUGCUACUGCAUCUGCUACAUUAACUGCUAUUUAUUCAUUAAGAGUUCUUUAUUUAACAUUCUAUAAUGUUCCUCGUAGUAAUAAAUAUACUUUUGCACAUGUUCAUGAAAGUACACAUAUGGCUAUACCUAUGUUUAUUUUAACUAUUUAUAGUAUAUUCUUAGGUUAUGCUAGAGAUAAUGUAACUUUCCAUUUAGUUAUGGGAUUACCUCAUACUAAUUCAUUUAUUGAAACUGAAUAUACUUUACCUGCUAUAUUUAAAUUAUUACCUUUAAUAUUAGGUUUAUCUUUAUCUUUACUUCUUGUUUAUAUAUAUGAAUUUACUUAUAAAAUAAGUAAAUCAAGUGUAUAUAAUUACUUUAACCAACGUAUUUACUAUGAUCAAUUACUUAAUAACUUAAUCAUAAGACCAGUAUUAAAAUUAGGUGGUGCACUUAAUGCUUAUACUGAUAAUGGUUUAUUAAGAGUUUUAGGUAGUACUGGUAUAAGUAGAGCUUUAAUUAAUAUUCCUGUAUUAUUAAUAAUAAAUAUACUUUAUCUAUUCAUUGUUUUUUUUCUUUAUAUAAAAUAUUUUUAUAUUAUUCCCGCUACGCGGGGAAGAAAAUUAUAUAUAAUUUUAUAUACAAAAUGUAUAAUUAACAUUUUUCAUACGCCAGAGGCGGGCAUUAUCUAA